AUGGUUUCGGACCUGGCUGUUGCUAUUGUACCGACGGAACCAACUUAUCUCCAUGCGACCGGACCUGGACCGGAACAUGGAGUACGCAAUGGGAAUGACCGCGGUGUGGCAGCCCUCCUUCAGGGCCGUACUCCAGAAGACCUGCGUCGUCCUGCUCUUGAUCAGGUCCGGUCGUUACCGUCGAACCACGUAAUCCGGUACAAGAAUUCCGGUGGUCGUGGGUCAGCUCGAUAUUGGUUGAGGUUCGAUUUCAAGUGUUGA